UCCUAUCUUUGUAGUGAUUGGUGGCACAUGUCCUAUCUGUGUAAUGAUUGGUGGCACAUGUCCUAUCUGUGUAGUGAUUGGUGGCACAUGUCCUAUCUGUGUAAUGAUUGGUGGCACAUGUCCUAUCUGUGUAAUGAUUGGUGGCACAUGUCCUAUCUGUGUAAUGAUUGGUGGCUUAUCAAAACUUAAAUCUUAUCAAACUCAAAUGUUCACUUGUGAAGAGGUCAUAUGCCCGUGUGCUGGCUUCCCGCCCCUUCUCCAGAGAAGCUUUAUUAAUGUUGGUAGAUGAGUCUGCUGAGAGUAUCUGAGGCGUAUUCAGGGGGGGUGGCAUGGGUGGCUCAGCCCCCACCCCCUGAGUCAGUGAACUCUAUAGUUUUUGGUUAUUUUUGCCACAAAGAAGGGUGUUGAGGCCCUCCCUCGAAAGAAACAAUUUGUAAGCCCCCGCCUUAGACAAAAUUCACCAAUACGCCCCUGGAGCGGUUUUUCUUUUAUUAGUUUGUAAAACCAAUUCGCGAAACUCGAGAAAAAGCAUUUAUCUGUAAUUGGUAAUAUUCUGACAGGAUAACUUUAUUUUAGGUAUCAAGCAGACUCUUUAAAAGUGUCCACACUGAAUAUCGAUAUUAUGCGUUCAACAAUGUCCAAACAUAAACUCAGAUAGCUGUGUGUAAUAACCAGAAAACAAUGGAAUAGGAAGACGACAUGACAGCAAUACUCAAGUGUAUUUGAUGUUGUUACAAGGCAAAUUAUAUUUUACCAAUAAUUUAGUGAAAUUGGUCUGAUUACAAUACACAAUUGCCGUGUCUCCUGCUCAUUAAGACCACAACUGAUUCUAAAAGUCGUCUUUCCAUUUCAGAGUUUUAUGGUUAUUACUGUAAUAAACCACUUAGCAAAGUAAAUUUGAGCAUUUUAAGUUUCAAUAUGGGAGUGUUAUGGUUAAUCCUGGGGAUUAUAGUCUUUUUAACCAGAACAGAGGGUAUCAGAGCCAGAUCGAAUAUUCUUCUAUUUCUGACAGAUGAUCAGGAUGUAUUCUUGGAUGGAAUGGAACCAUUACAAAAAACCAAGAAAUUAUUAGCUGAAAAGGGAAUAACAUUUUCGAAUGCUUUUGCAACCACUCCUGUGUGUUGCCCUUCCAGAGCAAGUCUUCUAACUGGAAAAUAUCCUCACAAUACUGAAACUAUCAACAACACUGUGGCUGGAAAUUGUGGAGGACAGUAUUGGAGAACUAAUGGGGAGAUGAAUACAUUUGCUUCUAUUCUACAGAAAUCAGGGUAUGAGACUAUGUAUGCUGGAAAGUAUAUGAACCAGUAUGGUACUCCAGAAGCUGGAGGGAUUCACCAGGUUCCAGUUGGUUGGAGUCAAUGGAAUGGUUUGCAAGGAAAUUCAAGAUAUUACAAUUACAAACUAUCCAUCAAUGGUGUGGAAGAAAGUCAUGGGGAAGAUUAUGAGACUGACUAUCUUACUGAUGUUAUUGGAAGAAAAGCAGAAGGGUUUCUAAAUUCAUGGAACAAGAGCUCUCCUUUCCUGAUGGUUCUUGCUACUCCAGCUAGCCAUGCACCCUUCACCCCUGCACCUCAGUAUAAAGAUAAUUAUGCUAACUUGACAGCCCCUCAAAUUCCAUCCUACAAUCAGCAACCUGGCAGCUCAAAGCACUGGUUCCUGCGCACAGAGCCCCAGAUACUUUCUAAAUCUGUCAGGGAUUCCAUUGAUAUGGUUUACAGGAAUAGAUGGAGAACAUUACUAUCUGUUGAUGAUCUUGUGAGUAAAACAAUUCAUCAUCUUCAAGAUAUAGGUGAGCUGGCAAAUACCUAUAUUAUCUAUACCAGCGACCACGGAUAUCACAUGGGGGAAUUUGGACUCACUAUUGAUAAACGCCAACCAUACGAGUUCGAUAUCAGGGUUCCUCUCUUGAUCAGGGGUCCGAAUAUACCUAUGAAUACAACUUCUAAUACACCGGCUCUUCUUAUUGAUCUUGCCCCAACAAUACUGGAUAUGGCUGGAAUAAAACCUUCAGAUGAUAUGGAUGGAGUAUCUCUUAUAGCCAGGUAA